AGAAAAAUAAAAAGUGUGACAGUCAACAAAUGAUCAAAAACGUCAACAAAAUACAAUAUAAGAUUAGUUAAAUUUAACAAAAUUGGAAACUCAAGACUCAAAAAACUGAAAACCAAUUAAGUUCAUAAUAAUAUCAAUCGAAUUCUAGGAAUGUGAAUGCAGGGCUCUAAAGGACGACGAAAGUUAAAAGCAUACAUUAAAAGUUAGGAAGUAUUUAACAAUGGAUGAUCCUGUAAGAAAAAUUACCAAAUUACAAAUAUUGAGCUAUAUAGAUGAUUUCAUUCAAAAUAAUGUAAAAGUACUGGAAAACCCUUGUUAUACAGACAUAGGAGAAUAUCAUAAAUUAAUGAAAAAAAUUAAAUCAAAGAUGAUAUAUUCCCAUGAAGGUUGUGGAACAAAAACAUCAAAAAGAAGAAAAAGUAGUGUAGAAGUCUCAGUAAAAGACUCGGUUUUAAAUACUAUAGAUAAUUCAUUAAGUGAAGUUUCAUGUACAAGUGAUUGUACUUCAAAGGAUAUGAAUUUAUCCACCAAAAAUAAGGUGGUUUUAAAUUGCGGUAUAAGUAAACCCAUAGUAAUUAAGGAAGAAUUGCCAGAAAUAAAAACUGAAGUAUUUGAAUUUAAUCCACGUGAACAUGGUAUAUAUGCAAGUGAAAGCUUUAGUCCAACAUGUAUAGAAGUUAAAUCUGACAAUUCGCAUAAUAUUAUAUUAUAUGAAUUACAUAAUGAUAAUAAUUUAUUACAAAUUAUUAAUAAUGAUAAUGACACAAAACCAGACAGAAAUAUGAUGAUCUUACAAAAAUUACUGAGUAAAAAUUCGUUAAAUGUUGCAGUUGAUUGUGGAAACAAUAAUAUUAACAAUAGCGGAAUAAAAGUAGAUACACCUUUCAUAAAAGAAGAUAUUGUGUUAUCUGAUUAUGAGCCUGCAGAAAUAAAAAACGAUGAUUAUUAUAACACCAUAAUAAAAAAUGAACCAACACAGUUAAAAGUUCGGACUGAUCUGGUACAACAGUUACAACUUGAGCAAAAUUCAUCAAAUGGAAUUGUAAACAUGGAAAAUACUGCUGCAUUUAUUGGAACUGAUGCAUGUAAAUCUAUUUCAAAUAAAAGUGGAAGUACUUUAUCAAAUGAGAAUUCUAAAAAACAGCACAUUUACAAAUAAGCCUAAAAGUAAAAAAUAUACAAGACAUUGCACUAAUAAACGAAGAAAAUACACAGAGUUAAUGAAAAAGGAAUCAACAGAAAAGAAUGAAGAAGGAAUAACUAUUAAAAAUUGUUCUGUACCUCUUGUUAAAGUGGAGGAUGAAUUGCUAAAUGAUUAUAAAUUAAAAUCUAAUUUGUUACCGAGAGAUACAAAUAUACCUAUGUUUAGUAAACUAUUACUUCAAGACAUGAUGAAUAUUUCAGCAGGAAAACAGUUAACUUUUUUUUCACCAGAAAACUUAAAUGUUUUAAUAGACAAACUUAGUCAGGAUAAUAUAAACAGUGAAGAGGUGCUUUUAUUUUUGAAUACAAACGAUAUUGUUACCAAAAUGUAUAUGGAUCAUUUCCCACAAUUUGAAACUGCCAUUUUAGAGAACAAAGUGAAAGUUAUUGAUAAGACUGUAGCAGAGAUUUAUACUAGAGUUCAAGGUAUAAAUGUCUUUUUUGAUACAUAUGUUCAACAAAAACUCAGUGCUACAGUUAUUAAUAAACAUUUUGGGUACUUUAAAAAAAAUAUGUCUUAUGCUUUAAGAGUUUUAAAGU